GCCCUCCGUGUGUUCCUGUAGCUGGUAUGCAUUUGGUUGUGUGCAUGUGUGUGAGUGUGCGUGUGUGCAUGUCUGAAUGCGAACAAGUUGAUAUCGUUUUUUUUUUGUUUGUUUGUUUUUUGUCGUUGUUGUUGUUUUUUUCUUUUCUUCAAAACAUCUUUGAAUUAAGCUCUGCAAGUUAGCAGGGGCUGCGGCGAGUGAGCCAUCUUUCAGAGCCGCCCGACGAAAAGAAAAAAAGACUUUCCACAACAACAGAGACUGUGAUGAACUCAAGUUUGCUACGUUGCAGCCUCUGAAAACAAGCCACAUCUACGCAGUUUAACGAAUGUCGGCGUAUUAUUCUGCUUUGACACCAGCUAACCUGAAGCUAGGGGCGACAGCUGCAAACCCUGCCGUUUGUUAUUGUGUUGUGCAGUUUGCGGUCAAGUGAUAGUGUCGCGUGCCUUCUUCUUAAAUGUGUGAAGUCACCCGUGUUAGGUGAUUGAUGAAGUUGCGGUGAACGUCAUAUGAGGCAUAUUAAUAAAGACGUAAUUGUAGGUGAUAAGCCAUAAGCUACUCAGGCAAAAAUGCUAAAGACGCUGACGAAGAAGCUAAGAAGACAUUCACUCAAUGAGAUACAUCCUUUCCACCUGAAGAUUUCCUACCAUGGCAGUGGAGAGGGAGGCGAGAGUGAUGACUCAGAGGGGGAGAACCAGGAGCUUGCACAAAUUGACAGAGAGAGACGGAGGAAUUGUGCCCUCACCCCCUUGGCCACCAGCCAGCAGCACAACCAGGGUCCGCUCUCUCCAGCCCGAUUACGACGCCUACGGCUCCUUUUAGAUGCCAAUCUGGAUCGCCACUCCUCAGAGGAAGAGCUUGAGCGUAUCAGCUGUGGUGACAACAGGAAGUGGGUGUCCGCGCUUCCCCAGUGCCACAUUGAUCACCACAGCAGCACCUCCAGUGAUGAGGAGGUGCGGGACCUAUGUGGCUGCGGGUCACCGGCUGCCUCCACCAGGCCGCUAGUCGAGUCGGGCACUUGCCUGGCUGCCUCCCCAAGCCCUGUUCUCUUCAGCUCCAGUCCACCACGUAGCCUCAAGCCUCCCUCCAUGCGCUUUCAGCUGCAGGUUGUGCAGCCAGUUGCACGGCCCAUCAUUUUGACCCACUUUGACCAGUCAGCACCUUACAGAAAGUAUCGGCACAGUUUUAAUGGGGAGCCUGGGAGGCCCAGUCUGGACCUAGAGAAAAUGCAACAGAAAAUGCUGCUGAAAAAGAACUGUGGAGGGAAGACACGGACUAUAAAGAUCCGGAAUCUGACCAGCAGUCGCCCUCCGCCCAGGUACACCUAUGACCCAUCCAUCUUCGCCUUCCGCUCCUUGAGCACAGUGCCCCCCUGCAGCCCCCUGACCCCGUCUGAAGAUCCUCCCUGCUCAUAAGAAUAGGAAUUCAUUCCCAGACAGCUGCUUUUUUUUGUGGCUUCUGCAGCGAGACCACGGAGUGACUGCUCUGAAACUGACUGCUAAAAAGACAUUUGUUUGAUGGUCGAAUUAUUGCACACUCAGGUAAUCCCACCCUCUAACGCUGUCACUUUGAUUACUUUUCUCCACAUGAAAUCAACAGAAACAUGUGGAGAAUAAAAUGGCCUCAAUACAACACGUUCAAGGAAACUUCAGGCUUGGCUUACAUCUGUGAAAAGAUCCUGUGAUUGGAGAGAAACUGAUCAAGAAACAAACAUGGACUGCGGACCAGAGGUGGUACAAAGGGACAGGGCCAACCAUUUUAAAACCUGGAUCUAUUUCUGGGUUGGAUCAAUAUUCAAGGGGAAUAAUGCAUGUAAGACAAUCAAAUGGUUCCAAGGUUUCUUCCUUUGAUGUCAUUCCUGGACAUCUUGUAAGAUUCUUAUUAACGUUAUACACUAAACACAGCAAGCUGAGUCAUCUGAUAUCUUGUUACUGUUGAGAUGAACAUAAACAGUGGUCACAUUUGUCUGUCUGAAAAACUACUUCUUUGGAUGUGUCAUUGAAUAUGACGGUCAUGAUCAGCUAUAACAAACAUGUAUGACAUGUAUGUAGGUGAAUAGUUGACCUUUUGAUGAUGUAAGUUUCUUAAUGAAUUUGUCACUUUUAGUCCAGGUCAAAUUUAAAUACUUGUAUCCUCUUUACUUGCAUGAAUUCCGCUGUUUUGCAGAAAGAGAGGUAUGUGGAAGGAAGUAUGACAAUAGUUUGCUGCGCAUUUGGCAAGUGUAACUGGUGCUAUGUUAAGCAUAGCCCUCUUGUAGUGUGCCAUUUUAUUUUAUUUUUUCCAAUAUUGUACCUCAUUACUUUCUAGGUAGAAGAGGACCGCUGGUAUAUCCAAGACAUCCCAGUGUUUUCUUAAGAUCUCUUAAUGCCUUGAAAUAACAUUCCUGUUCCAUUGAAUGAAACUUGAGGUAGUUCUCAGCCCCUGAAAUGAGCUCAUCAAUUGAUUCCACACAAUGUCACCACUGUAACUAAUAUUUCGCCGAAGUGAAUGUAACAUUGUGACAUGUUUGUGUCCAUUGUUGCGCAAAAUUAAUAAAUGCCCUGUGGCCUCUUGUUUAGGA